UCUAAGACUAGUGAAUGAAGAAAGCUACACAAUUUUAGCCUGUCUCUCUUUCUUGAUCAAUUCAAUCAUACAAUCCAUUUAUCUUUCUUGCUUUUGAGCACAUCAAUAACAGUAUUUCAAGCUGGAAUCUUGAUUGGUUUAACGAAAGAUUAGCUGAAAAUGAGUUUAGGUGCUUUGAUGAGAGAGGAGAAGAGAGCAACAACGUCAUCUUCUCAGGUACAUAUGCCCAAGGAUAUAGACUGGCAAAUGCUUGAUAAAUCCAGGUUUUUCUUCCUCGGUGCUGCUCUCUUCUCCGGAGUAUCCACCGCUCUUUACCCUAUCGUAGUCCUCAAAACAAGGCAACAAGUCUCACCGACCCGUGUCUCCUGCGCCAACAUUUCUCUGGCGAUCGCUAGACUCGAGGGUCUAAAAGGUUUUUACAAGGGCUUUGGGACAUCUUUGCUUGGAACCAUCCCGGCUCGUGCUCUCUACAUGGCAGCACUAGAGAUAACCAAGAGUGGUGUAUGCCAAGCAACUGCUAGGUUAGGAUUGUCGGAUACAACAGCUAUGGCUGUAGCCAACGGUGCAGCCGGUUUGACCUCCGCCGUGGCUGCUCAGAUUGUCUGGACACCGAUUGAUGUCGUGAGCCAACGGCUCAUGGUUCAAGGAGAUCUUUCCUUGAAUAAACAUCUUCCUGGAGUGAUCAGUUCUUGCAGAUACACAAAUGGUUUCGAUGCUUUUAGGAAGAUUCUUUACACGGAUGGACCAAGAGGAUUCUACAGAGGAUUUGGUCUCUCGAUCUUGACUUACGCGCCUUCAAACGCUGUUUGGUGGGCGUCCUAUUCUUUGGCUCAAAAAUCUAUUUGGUCUCGGUUCAAGCAUACAUAUGGCCGCAAGGAUGAUGCUGGUGGCUCAAUGGUGGUUCAAGCGCUGAGUGCAGCCACAGCAAGCGGUUGCUCGGCUUUGAUAACUAUGCCUGUAGACACAAUCAAGACGAGGUUGCAGGUCUUAGACGCAGAAGAGAAUGGGAGGAGACAAGCAAUGACUGUGAUGCAGACAGUGAAGAGUUUGAUGAGGGAAGGAGGAUUUGGGGCUUGUUACAGAGGGUUAGGACCGAGGUGGGUUUCAAUGUCGAUGUCCGCAACCACAAUGAUCACAACCUACGAAUUCUUGAAGCGACUGGCCACAAAGAAGCAGAGAUAAUGAUUUAGAUAAAUCAUUCAUAGUCUCAGUUUCUCUGUUUCUUGUGAUACGAUGAGGAAACGUAAUGGCAAAAGAGUUUAA